AGUAUAGGCACUGCGAUUCACAUAGUUAAAUGUUCAUUUAGUAGAGCUGGGGUGAAAAAAUACUGUUUCAACAUGAAAUGUUAGAAGAUUGUUGUUCUUGUGUUACUCAUUCAUGCAAAUUGGAGAAGGUAUAAUUGAAACAAGGUUGGCUGUGUUUGAGUCAGUGUGCUGCAGCUGAGCUCAGCUUAAAGGUCGCUGGAAAUCAAGUGCUUUGUAAGUGAAGGCAUUUUGCCUACAAGCGAUUCAAGACAUUUUGGAAACGUCAGUCUCUGGAAUGGGUCGUCUUUUUCUUUCUGUGAUAUCUGGUAUCUAAUGUUUUACUUAGGAUAAAGACUACUACUUAAUAGCUCUUUUAGGCACCACAGAUGAUUUUUUCUUUUGAUGCAGUGCAGCUGCUUCUAGCCUGUCUACGGACAGAGAUCUUUGUUAUGACUUUCAGCCCUUAACAUGUUUGGAAAUGAGAACAAAUGGCACAAAGCUUACGAUUGCACUUUGCAGCCAGAAGAAGCAAUACUUACCCUUUGUCAGAAACCUCUGGAGAUGACUUGGAUAGCCAUGUUCACAUGUGCUUCAAGAGACCAACACGGAUUUCAGCGUCCAACGUUGUUCAAAUGAAGCUGACUCCCAGACAGACUGCACUAGCUCCGUUAAUAAAGGAAAACGUUCAGUCUCAAGAAAGAUCGUCUGUUCCCUCAUCUGAAAAUGUUAAUAAAAAGAGCAGCUGUCUACAGAUUUCACUACAGCCAACAAGGUACAGUGGAUAUCUUCAGUCUAGCAAUGUCUUAGCUGAUAGUGAUGAUGCUUCAUUUACUGGUAUCUUGAAGGAUGGUAUUUACAGCAGUGCUGUGGUCGAUAGUGAAUUGAAUGCAGUGAAUGAUGGUAACCUUGUAAGCAGUCCAGCCAUUUGUAGUGGUAGCCUUAGUAACUUUUCAACCAGUGAUAAUGGAUCUUACAGCAGCAACGGUAGUGAUUUCGGGUCAUGUGCAAGUAUCACAAGUGGAGGUUCAUACACUAACAGUGUCAUCAGUGACAGUAGUAGUUAUACGUUGCCACCAAGUGAUGAUACUUUUUUGGGUGGAAACUUACCUUCUGACAGCACCUCCAGUGGAAUUGUGCCAAACAGGAAUACUACUCCAUGUGAAAUUUUUUCGAGAAGUACAAGUACAGAUCCUUUUGUCCAGGAUGACUUGGAACAUGGGUUAGAGAUUAUGAAAUUGCCAGUGAGCAGGAACACAAAAAUUCCACUACAACGUUGCUCCUCCUUAGUCAUUUUUCCUAGGAGUCCUUCAAAUACCCCACCGACUUCUCCAACAAGUCCAUGUACUCUUCUGAGCAAAGGAUCCUAUCAAACUUCACACCAGUUUAUAAUUUCUCCUAGUGAAAUUGCACAUAAUGAGGAUGGCACUGGUGCUAAAGGAUUUCUUUCAACAGCUGUCAAUGGACUUCGGUUAUCUAAAACAAUUUGUACCCCUGGAGAAGUAAGAGACAUACGGCCACUUCACAGGAAGGGCUCGUUACAGAAGAAAAUUGUUCUUUCGAAUAAUACUCCCAAACAGACUGUCUGUGAAAAGUCAUCUGAAGGAUAUUCUUGUGUUUCAGUGCAUUUCACCCAACAAAAAACAACUACAUUAGAUUGUGAAACAACAAAUGGUGAUUGUAAACCAGAAAUGUCAGAAAUUAAGCUUAAUUCUGAUUCAGAGUAUAUUAAGCUCACGCAUAGGACAUCUGCAUGUUUGCCAUCCUCCCAAAAUGUAGAUUAUCGAAUAAAUAUCAGUGGAGAAUUGGAAAGACCAAAUUCACAGAUGAACAAAAACCAUGGUAUUUUACAAAGAAGUAUUUCAUUGGGAGGAGCUUAUCCAAAUAUUUCCUGUCUAUCCAGCCUUAAGCACAAUUGUUCUAAAGGGGGACCAUCUCAGUUACUCAUAAAGUUUGCAUCUGGAAAUGAAGGUAAAGUGGAUAAUUUAUCAAGAGACAGCAACAGAGAUUGCACAAAUGAACUGUCUAAUUCUUGCAAGACAAGAGAUGAUUUCCUAGGUCAAGUGGAUGUUCCACUUUAUCCAUUACCGACAGAAAAUCCAAGAUUGGAGAGACCAUAUACAUUUAAGGAUUUUAUUCUUCACCCAAGAAGUCACAAAUCAAGAGUUAAAGGUUAUCUGAGACUAAAAAUGACUUAUUUGCCUAAAACCAGUGGCUCAGAAGAUGAUAAUGCAGAACAGGCUGAGGAAUUAGAGCCUGGCUGGGUUGUUUUGGACCAACCAGAUGCUGCUUGCCAUUUGCAGCAACAACAGGAACCUUCUCCUCUACCUCCAGGAUGGGAAGAGAGGCAGGAUAUCCUUGGAAGGACCUACUAUGUAAACCAUGAAUCUAGAAGAACACAGUGGAAAAGACCAACCCCUCAGUAUGUGCUGAUGGCUUUCACAGAUGAAGCCACCAUGUAUAGUAGCCAGGCCUUCCCAUCACCUCCACCAUCAAGUAACUUGGAUGUUCCAGCUCAUCUUGCAGAAGAAUUGAAUGCCAGACUCACCAUUUUCGGAAAUUCAGCCACAAGCCAGUCAGCAUCCAGCUCAAAUCAUUCCAGCAGAAGAGGCAGCUUACAAGCCUAUACUUUUGAGGAACAACCUGCACUUCCUGUGCUUUUGCCUACUUCAUCUGGAUUACCACCAGGUUGGGAAGAAAAACAAGAUGAAAGAGGAAGAUCAUAUUAUGUAGAUCACAAUUCCAGAACGACUACUUGGACAAAGCCCACUGUACAGGCCACAGUGGAGACCAGUCAGCUGACAUCAAGCCAGAGUUCUGCGGGCCCUCAGUCACAAGCCUCCACCAGUGAUUCAAGCCAGCAGGUGACCCAGCCAUCUGAAAUGGAGCAAGGAUUCCUUCCUAAAGGCUGGGAAGUCCGACAUGCGCCAAAUGGGAGGCCUUUCUUUAUUGACCACAACACUAAAACCACCACCUGGGAAGAUCCAAGAUUGAAAAUUCCAGCCCAUCUGAGAGGAAAGACAUCACUUGAUACUUCCAGUGAUCUAGGGCCUUUACCUCCAGGAUGGGAAGAGAGAACUCACACAGAUGGAAGAAUCUUCUACAUAAAUCACAAUAUAAAAAGAACACAAUGGGAAGAUCCUCGGUUGCAGAAUGUAGCAAUAACUGGACCAGCAGUGCCCUACUCCAGGGAUUACAAAAGAAAGUAUGAGUUCUUCCGAAGAAAGUUGAAGAAGCAGAAUGACAUUCCAAACAAAUUUGAAAUGAAACUUCGCCGAGCAACUGUUCUUGAGGACUCUUACCGGAGAAUUAUGGGUGUCAAGAGGGCAGACUUCCUCAAGGCUCGACUGUGGAUUGAGUUUGAUGGUGAAAAGGGAUUGGAUUAUGGAGGAGUCGCCAGAGAAUGGUUCUUUCUGAUCUCAAAGGAAAUGUUUAACCCUUAUUAUGGGUUGUUUGAAUAUUCUGCUACGGACAAUUAUACCCUACAGAUAAAUCCAAACUCUGGAUUGUGUAAUGAAGAUCACCUCUCUUACUUCAAGUUUAUUGGUCGGGUAGCUGGAAUGGCAGUUUAUCAUGGCAAACUGUUGGAUGGUUUUUUCAUCCGCCCAUUUUACAAGAUGAUGCUUCACAAACCAAUAACCCUUCAUGACAUGGAAUCUGUGGAUAGUGAAUAUUACAAUUCCCUAAGAUGGAUUCUUGAAAAUGACCCAACAGAAUUGGACCUCAGGUUUAUCAUAGAUGAAGAACUUUUCGGACAGACACACCAACAUGAGCUGAAAAAUGGUGGAUCAGAAAUAGUUGUCACCAAUAAGAACAAAAAGGAAUAUAUUUAUCUUGUAAUACAAUGGCGAUUUGUAAACCGAAUCCAGAAGCAAAUGGCUGCUUUUAAAGAGGGAUUCUUUGAACUAAUACCACAGGAUCUCAUCAAAAUUUUUGAUGAAAAUGAACUAGAGCUUCUUAUGUGUGGACUGGGAGAUGUCGAUGUGAAUGACUGGAGGGAACAUACAAAGUAUAAAAAUGGCUACAGUGCAAAUCAUCAGGUUAUACAGUGGUUUUGGAAGGCUGUUUUAAUGAUGGAUUCAGAAAAAAGAAUAAGAUUACUUCAGUUUGUCACUGGCACAUCUCGGGUGCCUAUGAAUGGAUUUGCUGAACUAUAUGGUUCAAACGGACCACAGUCAUUUACAGUUGAACAGUGGGGUACUCCUGAAAAGCUGCCAAGAGCUCAUACCUGUUUUAAUCGCCUGGACCUGCCACCUUAUGAAUCAUUUGAAGAAUUAUGGGAUAAACUUCAGAUGGCAAUUGAAAACACACAGGGCUUUGAUGGAGUUGAUUAGAUCACAAAUAACAAUCUAUAGUGUUUUCACUGCCAUAGUUUUAUAACCAAAAUCUUGACUUAAAAUUUUCCAGGGAACUACUAAAACGUGGCCACUGAUUCUUCCCAGAUCUUGAAGAAAAUCAUAUAAAAAGCAUUUGAAGAAAUAGUAUGACAACUUAUUUUCAAUCACUUUUAAAUAAUGUGUUGCAUUUACACAGUUGUUUCAUUCUGUCCUUAGAGUUAGGUGCCUGCCUAAAGCCAGGUACCACCACGCCUGGCUUUAAAGUUCACACAAUAGGAUAUAAGUCCUGUAUGACUUAAAUAGUGAAUUUUGUCCUUAACAUUUACCUCUUGUAUAGUAUCUGCCAGGCAGUUUUUUCUUAAACUACUGAGAUGAUAACUGUGAAAUAUUUGUGAUAAGUGUCAUGUGUGAAAAGUUUGAUGCAUUUUGAGAUGGAAAACUGAAAUUUGAAAAAAGAAAUACUUUACUAUUGAGUAAACUACAAUAUAUUUAGUGCUACUCGCAGCUAUUUAUUAUUUUGUACACCUGCCUUACGCACCUUACUGCCUAGAUUUUUGGAAGAAAACCUUGGAAAGUGUGUUACCUAUAUUUCCAGCCAACUCACAGAAAAACUGUUUACUUCUUCACUUUCAAAGUAUUUGGCUUUUGUUAAUAUGCAGUUUUUACUAAACAGGUGGUUCAUAAGACAUGUGAAGCAAAUCCAUAUUUGCAAUGGGUAAAAAAAGUAUUAAAGCCUUUUUCUCUUGCCUGCAUAUCCUCUUGACCAUUGGCAUAGUCAUCACUUUUUCAUUUUAGUGUAGUUAGAAGAAUUCCUUCUUCAAACAUUAAAGAUCCACACAGCAGUAUUUCUAAGUAUGCCUUGAAGAACUAAAUGAAGUGGAUAGCACUUGCCUUUACUAGACAUUCUUUACGCUUGUACAAUUAUGUAGUAAAUGUAUGUUUACAGGGUUUAUUAUGUUUACAGAUUAAGCUAAUUUCUGUAGUCGCAUUUUUAUAUUUUUAGUAUCACUCUAGUAAAAAAAAAAAACCAAAUGAUUUGUUUAAAGUAACCAAAGAGUUGUUAUAAUGCAUAAUUUGUAUUAAAUGUAUUACUAUUUCUUAUGCCUUUUAAAAAUCAUGUUUACUAUGAAGACAAUGUUUUUAUUACAAAUCCAGAACUCUCUAGGCAAAAUGCUACAGUUCGCAUCUUCCUUUAACCAAACUCAAGUACGUAAAGACCAUGUACAUGUGUUCAUCAAAUAUUUAUUGAAUGCUGCGUGCAUAGCGCUGUGCUGUGCUCUGGGGUAAGAGUUGUCAGCUUCAGAGAAGCUGAGUCCUGAUCCUCAAAGGAAUUUGCAAAUGUGUCAAUGAAUUUGUAAAACAAUCAAAAGUAGGGGUAAGCAGAAUAAGGCAAAAGGGAAAGUGUUCUAGGUUCCAGCACACCUGCAAAGAUAAAGUAUGCCAAGACUGUAUUUAUAUUUCAUACUUACAUUGUUUCAUCCUUACAUUGGAAUGAUUAUAUAGAAAAUGCUCUUAAAAAGAUUAAACCCGUUUCUCAGUAUGGUAUCUUGGUGAUUUAGGAAUAAUUGUAAAUAUAUGUUGUGAAUCUUCUUAAAUAUAUAUAUACACCCUGUGAGAACUGUAAAAAGUACCUUGGUUCUUGGUUUAAGUUUGUUGGGGUAUAACAUGAUGAGUACUCAUUAGCACCUGAUAGAAAUCUGAAAUACGACAGUAGCAAAACCACUUUCUGCUUUCCAAAUACCGCAUCAUCAGCAUGGUUUAGGGGAAGCAAUUCACAGAUUAACAUACCCUGCGUUUUGUCUUCACCAUUGUCAACCAGCAGUCAAGGAUGAGCGCCAGGUAUAGUCCUGGUUUGAUCUCUCACCAGCCAUGUGAACUGAAGCAGCUUACUUAACCUCUCUGGAUUCAUAUUUCUUCGUCUGUCAAAUGAGAAUAAUCAUGCCCACCCUCAAUGUCAUGCCAGAUUGUCAUAAGUUCCAGACAGAUGAGAAAGCAAAAAGUACUUUGUAAAGUGUUAUACAAUCAGAAGGUGCUUUGCGCUGACCGUCAGAUUGUGUCAAGUCAGGUGUGCAAAUUGACCACACUCCCAAAGAAUCAUUUAAAAGUAAAGUGACUUCUAAGAGACAAGGAAGUAGGAGCAUAUCUGAUAUUAAAUAUAUAAAUAAAUAUGGAUACACAUGUGUAUAUCUGUAUAUGGAUCUUACCAUCAUAAUUCAUUUUCUUCGUAUCAGCAAAGUAAUAGUAAUGUGGGCCAAUGCAUUUUGGAAAUGUCCUCAUUAUGUAGAAUGGAAUGUGAAAAUUAUUUUUGUUUAAAAAGGAUUUUGCUGCAAUUAUUUAAAUAUUAUGUUUGUGAAGUAUCUCAGCAUGAGAAAAUACAAAGCUUUCUUUUUAUCUGGCUGAUACUCAUUUGGAUGAUUCUGUGACUCAUAGAACACGGUGUUAAUGAGACCAGACUCACUGCCACCAGUCCCCAGCUGCAGACCUUCAUCCCCUUCGUCUCCCACUGGGGGCUCAUGGUCCGGAAGGAAUGUGUAUCAAGCAACACAGGCCCUUAUCCCAUAUAGAAAAGUGUCUCAAAUGCAUUCUACUGCUGGACAGUCAGUAGGAUCAUUUUCAUAAAGCAAGGACAUCAUGUGUUUCUAGAAAUUAUAAGCAUAUAACUUUAACCUACAAUCUCUAAUUAAAAAAUUGUAACAUAAAAUUGUAUUACAAAUACAUUUCAUCAGAACUCAAAUUUAAAUGGUGUUUGUGUUAGGUUUUUAUUUAUAAUACUGAAGUUAUUCCAUAUAAGUAUCAAGUUAAAUACAAUUCAUUUUGACUACAAACUGUUUGACUUUUUAAAAUCUUCUGAUAUGGUAAAUAUAUGUAUCAAGAUUGAUGUAUCGAAAUUUAUUGCACACUUUAUAAAAUCACUUUUUAAAAUGUUGAAUCCACAAAUAAAGUUUAUUCUGAUUU